ACACGUUUUCUCGUUGCAGGCGUGGCCGCGUUGCGGUCGCGACGCGUUUGUCGACGUUGCUUUAGCAUAUACCCUCACUUUCCUCAUCACAACAAUCGCAGAAGCAGAAGAAGUCUUUUUCUUCAUAAAUUCCUGGGCUUUAGCCCCAUAUUCGCUACACUGAAGAACUAUACAAUGAGCAACUAUCCAAAACGUAUUUAUGUGCUCCCAGCACGCCACGUGGCAGCGCCACAGCCUCAGAGAAUGGCUCCCAAGCGUGCACUUCCAACAGAACAAGUUGUCGCACAACUUCUUGGCGAUGAUAUGGGACCAUCUGGGCCACGCAAAAGAGAACGACUGAAUCAUUUGAGUCAGGAGGAGAAAAUGGAUCGUCGGAAACUUAAAAAUCGAGUCGCAGCCCAAAAUGCUAGAGACAAAAAGAAGGAAAGAUCAGCAAAGAUCGAGGAUGUGAUGCGCGAUCUGGUGGAGGAGAACCGCCGGCUCCGCGCUGAAAACGAACGUCUUCGCCGUCAAAAUAAAAAUCUUAUGAACCAGCAGAACGAGUCCGUCAUGUAUAUGGAAGAGAACAACGAAAACUUGAUGAACAGCAAUGAUGCAUGCAUCUACCAGAACGUCGUCUACGAAGAAGAAGUCGUCGGUGAGGUUGCACCAGUUGUCGUCGUCGGAGGAGAGGAUCGCCGUGCCUUUGAAUCAGCAGCAUUCAUUAAUGAGCCUCAGCAGUGGGAACAGGCCCGAUCCACCUCCAUCAACAACAACAUCAGCAACCAACUCCGUCGUAUGGAUUCCAAGAAGAACAACACAAUCAGUGUGGAUAUGUAUCUAACUAUCAUCUCGAUUCUAUGCAACCACAUGGAUCGCAACAAGAAGAUGGACACCUCGAACAAAUCCUCGAACAUCUCAAGAGCCCAAGCGGAGAGUUCGAUCGAUUCGUUGCUGGCUACAUUGAGGAAGGAGCAGACGGUUAUGCAGCGUCUUGUUCAAGCGGAUCCAUGUACACAUCUUCAGAAACGCGUGAAACACUUUCGCCGAAUUCCCUAGCCAUGUCCCCGUCGAUGAGCAGCUCGAGCACUGACUGGGAUGAUGAGCUUUUGGGAUGUGGAACCGAAACUGGAACUGGAACCGACGAGCUGCUUACCGACCCCGGAAACUGGAACUUUGAAACUUUCGACGAAAAUUCAAUCGACCUAAAUUUCUUCCAAAAUUAAUUUAUAUCUGGUGUAUCGUUAUUGUAGUGUCCUAGUGAAUUUCCCUCGUUAUUAUUUUCUCCCCAAAAAUCUCUCCAAAUUUCUCCAUUUCCUCUCUGGUAUUUUCUUCUUUUCCUCUUUUCCUUUUGUACAACCCCAACUUUCGUAUUAUUAUUUACCCUUAUUAAAUUUCCCUCCCCCAAAGCUCAUUGAUUCCAAUUCCCCCAUUUGUAUAUUUAAUAAAAACAGCCAUACAUUUUUG